UCACCGGAAGUCGUUCGGGCCGGUGGUAGAUCCCUGUGAGACCCGAAAGGGCGGGAGGGAAGAGGCGUGCCCGAGAUUCAAGAGGUGUGCGGAAAGCUCGCUCGGGUCCCGGGUGCCGCGGCGGCCGCGGCGGGGAGGCGUGCUCGGUCUCCGGAGCCCCACCUCACCUCUGUCCCCGGGAUCAGAGGGGAGAAACCGGCGUCUGGAUGGGCUCGGCUCUCCCCAACAGUUGGCGUGGCCACCGCAGCCGUGGCAGGUAAAAAGGUUGCCGUAUCGACUCAGGGAAACAAUAGCCUCACGAUUUUUAUAUUUUAAACUGUAUAUAGCAGCAACUUCUGUAUCAACAAUGAAGUAAUGCUAUCUGAAAACAAAAAAGCAUUUGCCAACUAACUCAACAGUUUCAAGUGGCUGUAUAAGAAGAAAGGCACUGUAGCAAGCCUGCAUAUCAGCUUGUACAGAGAGAAUGCUUUCUUCAGAAACUAUUUAUUUAAAAGUAGUUUUAAUAUAGAUCUUGUAAGUUAUAUCAGAUGAAAUCAAAAUGAGUGAAGCCCCCAGCUUCUUUGUUGGAAAUGAAGAUACAGAAAUAAACCCUGGAAAUUACCGACAUUUUUUCCACCAUACAGAUGAAGAUGAGGAAGAAGAAGAUGAGUCUCCACCAGAAAGGCAGAUUGUGGUUGGAAUAUGUUCCAUGGCAAAGAAAUCCAAAUCCAAACCAAUGAAGGAAAUUCUGGAACGGAUCUCCUUAUUUAAAUAUAUCACAGUAGUAGUAUUUGAAGAAGAAGUUAUUUUGAAUGAACCAGUGGAAAAUUGGCCUCUAUGUGAUUGUCUUAUUUCUUUUCACUCUAAAGGAUUUCCACUGGACAAAGCAGUUGCCUAUGCAAAACUCAGGAAUCCAUUUGUAAUCAAUGACUUGAAUAUGCAGUAUCUCAUACAAGAUAGGAGAGAAGUAUAUAGUAUUCUUCAAGCUGAAGGUAUUUUACUUCCUCGUUAUGCAAUAUUGAACCGUGAUCCAAAUAAUCCCAAAGAAUGCAAUCUGAUUGAAGGGGAAGAUCAUGUAGAAGUAAAUGGGGAAGUUUUCCAAAAGCCAUUUGUAGAAAAGCCAGUCAGUGCAGAAGAUCACAAUGUUUACAUUUAUUAUCCCACAUCUGCUGGAGGUGGAAGUCAAAGACUCUUUAGGAAGAUCGGCAGUAGAAGUAGUGUAUAUUCUCCAGAAAGCAAUGUACGAAAAACUGGCUCAUAUAUAUAUGAAGAGUUUAUGCCUACAGAUGGUACAGAUGUUAAGGUUUAUACAGUGGGUCCAGAUUAUGCUCAUGCUGAAGCUCGAAAAUCUCCAGCGCUUGAUGGCAAGGUAGAACGAGAUAGUGAGGGAAAGGAAGUACGAUACCCUGUGAUUCUCAAUGCACGAGAGAAACUAAUCGCUUGGAAAGUCUGCCUUGCUUUUAAGCAAACAGUUUGUGGCUUUGAUUUGUUACGGGCCAAUGGACAGUCCUAUGUCUGUGAUGUCAAUGGAUUCAGUUUUGUGAAAAAUUCCAUGAAGUAUUAUGAUGAUUGUGCAAAAAUACUUGGGAAUAUUGUAAUGAGAGAGCUUGCUCCACAAUUUCAUAUUCCUUGGUCAAUACCCUUAGAAGCUGAAGACAUUCCAAUUGUCCCAACUACAUCUGGAACUAUGAUGGAACUUAGAUGUGUCAUAGCUGUCAUUCGUCAUGGGGAUCGAACACCAAAGCAAAAAAUGAAAAUGGAAGUGAGGCAUCAAAAAUUUUUUGAUCUCUUUGAAAAGUGUAAUGGAUAUAAAUCAGGGAAGUUAAAACUCAAGAAGCCAAAACAAUUACAGGAAGUGCUGGAUAUUGCACGACAACUUCUAAUGGAGCUGGGACAGAAUAAUGAUUCUGAAAUUGAAGAAAAUAAACCAAAACUUGAACAACUUAAGACUGUUUUAGAAAUGUAUGGCCAUUUUUCUGGAAUAAAUCGUAAGGUCCAAUUGACAUAUCUCCCUCAUGGUUGUCCUAAAACAUCUAGUGAAGAGGAAGAUAGUCGAAGAGAACAACCAUCCUUACUUUUGGUUCUAAAAUGGGGAGGAGAAUUAACCCCUGCCGGCAGGGUCCAGGCUGAAGAACUUGGAAGAGCUUUUAGGUGUAUGUAUCCUGGAGGGCAAGGAGAUUAUGCAGGAUUUCCUGGUUGCGGUUUACUUCGAUUACAUAGCACCUACCGACAUGACCUCAAAAUAUAUGCUUCUGAUGAAGGACGAGUCCAGAUGACUGCAGCUGCUUUUGCAAAGGGGUUAUUGGCUCUAGAAGGAGAGCUUACACCCAUUCUUGUUCAGAUGGUGAAAAGUGCAAACAUGAAUGGUCUCUUAGACAGUGAUAGUGAUUCUCUGAGCAGUUGUCAGCAACGUGUGAAAGCAAGACUUCAUGAAAUUCUUCAGAAAGACAGAGAUUUUACCGCUGAAGAUUAUGAAAAGCUUACUCCCUCUGGAAGCAUUUCUCUUAUCAAAUCAAUGCAUUUAAUUAAAAAUCCUGUGAAGACCUGUGACAAAGUUUAUUCUUUAGUCCAAAGCUUGACUUCUCAAAUUAGACAUCGAAUGGAAGACCCCAAAUCAUCAGAUAUUCAGCUUUAUCAUAGUGAAACAUUGGAGCUUAUGCUACGUCGAUGGUCCAAGUUGGAGAAAGACUUUAAAACAAAGAAUGGAAGAUAUGAUAUCAGUAAAAUCCCUGACAUAUAUGACUGUAUAAAAUAUGAUGUCCAGCAUAAUGGUUCCCUGAAAUUAGAAAAUACAAUGGAAUUAUAUAGGCUUUCGAAGGCGUUAGCAGAUAUUGUUAUCCCUCAGGAAUAUGGUAUAACUAAAGCUGAAAAACUGGAGAUUGCCAAAGGCUACUGUACUCCUCUAGUUAGAAAAAUUCGCUCAGACCUUCAGAGGACACAAGAUGAUGACACUGUAAAUAAACUCCAUCCCGUGUAUUCCAGAGGUGUUUUAUCUCCUGAUCGUCAUGUCCGUACUAGAUUAUAUUUCACCAGUGAAAGCCAUGUACAUUCUUUACUGUCAAUACUUCGCUAUGGUGCCUUAUGCGAUGAAUCAAAGGAUGAACAGUGGAAACGAGCUAUGGACUAUUUAAAAGUUGUUAAUGAACUCAACUACAUGACACAGAUUGUUAUCAUGCUUUAUGAGGAUCCUAACAAGGAUCUUUCAUCAGAGGAACGCUUUCAUGUUGAAUUACACUUUAGUCCAGGAGCCAAGGGCUGUGAAGAAGAUAAAAAUUUACCAUCUGGCUACGGAUAUAGACCUGCCUCCAGAGAGAAUGAAGGCAGGAGAUCUUUUAAAAUUGAUAAUGAUGAUGAACCUCAUACUUCUAAAAGAGAUGAGACUGAUCGAGCUGUGCUAUUGUUUAAACCAAUGGUAUCAGAACCAAUUCAUAUACACAGGAAGUCUCCACUUCCUCGAGCUAGGAAGGUGGCUACCAGCGAAGAAGAGAGCCCCCUGAGUGUGUCUAGCCCAGAGGGUACUGGUACCUGGCUGCAUUAUACCAGUGGUGUGGGUACUGGGCGUCGAAGACGCAGAUCAGGGGAACAAAUCACUUCUUCCCCUGUCUCCCCCAAAUCAUUGGCUUUCACAUCCAGUAUUUUUGGCUCAUGGCAACAGGUUGUAUCUGAAAAUGCUAAUUACCUACGAACACCAAGAACUCUAGUGGAACAGAAGCAGAGCUCUACUAUAGGGUCUCACUGUUCGGGCCUGUUUAGCACCUCAGUGCUCGGGGGUUCUUCAAGCGCUCCUAACCUACAAGAUUAUGCUCGUACUCAUCGUAAAAAGCUGACUUCUUCUGGCUGCAUAGAUGACGCCACACGCGGUUCUGCUGUUAAAAGGUUUUCUAUCUCAUUUGCUCGACACCCAACCAAUGGCUUUGAAUUGUAUUCCAUGGUGCCGUCUAUUUGUCCUCUAGAAACUCUUCACAAUGCUCUAUCUUUAAAGCAGGUGGAUGACUUUCUUGCUUUCAUUGCUUCUCCAUCAAGUGAAGCUCUAGACAAGACUCCUGAAAUGUCCUAUACUGUCUCACGAUCCAGUCCAGUCCAAAGAAGAAAAAUAUCUCUAAAUACAUAUACACCUACAAAGAUUCUACCAACACCAUCAGCUACCUUAAAGACUACUAAAGCAAACCAGAAAGCAGCUGCCAGUGGACCUUCUGGUUCGGGUCUUCCUAAUACUUCAUCUCGAAAAAAGAGUGUAGCUAUCAAACCAGAAGUGCCUGAAUCCAAAAAAAGCACUGGGAAAAAAGAAAUGAAGCAAAAAUGAGAAGCAGAAACUGGAACCUCUUGUAUUUAGAAAAAAGCACUUGUACAGUAAAAACAAAUGUAUAAUAAAUCUUGGCUGAAAACUGUCAAAGCAAAUAAUUUGUUUCCUGUAUACAUCUCUGUAUUCAUAUAGAAACUCUUUAUAGCCUAGAAGGUUCUUUGUUUAUAUUCAUGACAGCAGUUCUGUCAUGGUCUGAAAAUGUUUAUCAUUCUGUGAGUAGUACCAUUUGUGAGAGAUCUCUAUCGUUACUAAUACAAUACUUACUAUGUAUCUGGAAUAAGGACAUAAAAGCCUAGCUGGCCUUUACCAAAGCACAGCCUUAUUCAGUAGCCUCUGCACACACUUGUAUCUCCAUAAGGUUAUAUCUUAGCUAUAAAAGCUUUCAGCUUAGCAAAAUUGAUAGGUAAUAUUACGUACAUAUUGGAGACUUUACACAAUUACGUUUCCAAAGAGAUCUCAUUGGCUAUUUACAGUAGAAAAAUGUUUUAAUAGUUGUAGUGACAUACAUAUAUGCUGCAGUAUUUAAUAACUGGAAUAAUAGCAUGGGUUAAUUUUUAAAUCCAUGCUUUGACUUAUUAUUGCCAGUUAUUGGAAAAUAGUACAUAUACAGUUGGGAGGAAUCUACCUUUAUGCACAUAAAUUUGUAUAUUAUUUUGUAGAAAAUAUUUUCUUUAUGUAUUUCCUUACCAUAAAAGGUGCUUGACCAUCUAGGAAAUUUUGGCUUUAAUAUUGGCAAGAAAGGCAUCUAAUUUAGAGUUUCUUUGUAAGGAACUCAGCUCAAAAAAUGGAAAUUGUCCAUUAUGUUAGCAGGUAUUAUAUAGAGCAUCUUUUUUUUUUUUUUAACCCAUUGUCAUCUAUGUGUCCAUCAGUCAAUCUCAUUGAGAAAACAAAGAUUGAACCUUGGAAAUACACUUUUUAAUAAGUGAUUGGGUUUUGAAGGGAAAUUGAAAUUGUGUUAUAAUUUCAUCCAUGAUGUGGAAAAACAUGUGUCAUCCUAAUUAUUGGUGCUUUCCCCUCAGUGCAUAAAAAUUGUGAACCAUUUGAAAUGACUUAAACUAUAAAUCAAAUAGUGCAACCUUCUAAAACUGUCAUUCAUUGCAAGUUACAUAGCUGAACUUGGUAAAAUUUUACCUUCAGGCUUAUAUUGAGAGAAAUCACUGGAACUUCUCUGUAUGAAUGAAAUUUUAAUUCUUCAAAGGGACCCUUUUAACCCUAAAUAACCUAUAUUAGCUGUCUUAGGAAUUAGCAUAUUAUUUCUUAGUGUUAGUCACUUUGAAAGGCAUCAGAUACAAAAGUAAAAAAAAUCUAUACAAUUAAAUAAGUUCAUAUACUUCACAUGAAUGUAAAUGUAUUAUAUGGUGAUUUGUCUUGUAAGCAAUUGAAUGUAAGUUGAGAAUGUGGUUAAUGUAUUCAUGGUGAUAAGGAAACAUUUUUUAAGUGGAAUUCAAUUAAAAUAUUUUCUUUCUAGUA